CAAAUGUUGAAGAUUCUUUACUGCCUUCAUCAGCAUCUACAAGUAGCAUAUUUUGGUGGGUGUAUCUGUUCUAUUUAAGAACUGGGAAAAAAAUAAUCCCUGUAACACUUCUCCAUGUCAGAAUUAGGGGUAUUUGUGUUGCCAGUUAUGUCAGUGUUGAUACAUUUUAUUACUUCUCUACAGAGCAAACAUGAAUGUUGGAGUUGCCCACAGUGAGGUGAAUCCAAAUACGCGUGUAAUGAACAGCCGGGGUAUGUGGCUGACAUACGCAUUGGGAGUUGGCUUGCUUCAUAUUGUCUUACUCAGCAUUCCCUUCUUCAGUGUUCCUGUUGCUUGGACCUUAACAAAUAUUAUACAUAAUUUGGGUAUGUAUGUAUUUUUGCAUGCAGUGAAAGGAACACCUUUUGAAACUCCAGACCAGGGUAAAGCAAGACUGCUAACUCAUUGGGAACAACUGGACUAUGGAGUACAGUUUACAUCUUCACGGAAGUUUUUCACAAUUUCUCCAAUAAUUCUAUAUUUUCUGGCAAGUUUCUAUACGAAGUAUGAUCCAACUCACUUCAUCCUAAACACAGUUUCUCUCCUGAGUGUGCUAAUUCCCAAAAUGCCACAACUACAUGGUGUUCGGAUCUUUGGAAUUAAUAAGUAUUGAAAUGUUUUGAAACUGAACAAAAUUUUUUUACAGUUACUGAGUUCCUACAAGGAAGGAGUGGUUAGUAAACUGCACUGUUUCUAUGAUAAUGUGAAAUAAGAGGAAUUUACAUUGGAGGGCCAAUUGGGUUCUUCACAUGUUGUUUUGAAGUGCAGAUUUCUAUUAAAAGAUGUGCCUCUACUUAAUGCAUCUGGCAUAUGUCUGAAGAGAGGCUUUAUAAGCAGGCUGGGCAGGCCCAGCUUAUAAGCAGUGACAACACAGUAAGGGUGUAGUAGAUAAAUCCACGGAAAUAAGAGAUUUGUAAGAAACUGGGACCAGCUUAACGUCAAUAAAUGGGCAUUAUGUUAGGAAAAGAAAAUUUCCAAUCAUUCAGUCAUAGUCACUUUAAGUAGACUUACAUGUAAACCAGAAUCAUCUCUUUACAAGUUUAUUAAAGAUUGUUUUUAUUACUAUA